AGCUCGGCUAACCAAGAUCGAGAAUUGAGCUUGUGAUAAAAGUCGAUACGUGAUCGUUAAAAAAAUCAACUGUUGUAUGAUAAACGAAACAAUUCAGAAUAACGUAGGAAAGUGAUUCGAGCUACAAGCAACAAUAUCAGAAUAGUCUCUGGUUAGGGUUUCGAAAAUGAUAGCCACACACAAUUUUGUGUGGUACUUUACCGCGUGUUUGACGGUAUUCUGCAUGUCACCCAUUUCCACUAAAGAACUGCCUUCCACAUUUCAGCUGUGCGAUCGAAAAAGUUCGAAAGUCGAAGAAUGUUUGAUCGCUGCAGUCAAUAACGCUUUGAGACAGAUGAAAAAUGGGAUGCCCGAGUUCGGAAUACUUCCUAUUGAUCCGCUUACCAUCAAUUCUCUUACGAUCGAGCAGGGCUCCUCUUCGCCAUUUAGCCUGAAACAAGACUUCAAAGAUGUUACGCUAAAUCGGUUGUCCAACUCAACAGUUACUAAAUUUAAGGUUGACUUCGAUAAAUUAAUCAUUCAUUCGGAAGCAUUGACCCCUUAUAUGGAGUUUCUUGGGGGCUAUAAAAUGGAAGGACGAGUGCUGCUGCUGCCGGUAACUGGUCGAGGCUUCUCAAAUAUAACUUUACAUGGACUGCGCACUAGGCAUGAACUUAUUGGUGAAUCAAUAAAGAAAAAUGGUGAAACUUACAUGCGCAUCAAAAAGUAUAACGUAAAGUUUGAUGAUCCUGAACUGAUGACCGUGUUCUUUGAAAAUCUGUUCAAUGGAGAUAAACUACUAGGUAGCACAAUGAACAAAGUUUUGAACGACAAUUGGAAGCUUAUGUUUUCUGAAUUACGUGGAGCAUAUGAAGACACAUUCGGCUAUAUUUUCCGCGAUAUCACCAACAAACUGUUUCUGAAGGUUCCUAUGAAUCGUAUCUUCUUGGUUGAAUAGACUUGGAUAUGUGAAGGAUAGAACAGAAUAGUUUUAUACAAUUUUGUUUACAACUAGGCUUAUGCGAUUUAAAAGUGACUGGGAAGAGUUUGUUCGCUGGAGUGCAUCGUAGCUAUCUGACCAAUAUACUGCUCUGUUUUAUGGAAUCUUAAUUAUUUUAUGCUUACCGACAUUAGAAUUACAGAAUUUAUGUUUAAAACUUCAGUCGGCAACAAAUCGCACUGCUUAUACUAAUGAUAUAAUAAAAAGAAAAUAACUAAUUGUAAUUUAUUAUUCAUCGUACUAUCUAAGCUAUCGUACUUUCCAGUACACAUCAGGUCAGGGAAAAUAAUUUGAAAUUUAAAGUAUAUACACGCAAUUAAUCAUCACAUAGCGUUUGUUAAUGAAUCGAAACACGCACAACUUGAUCUUGAUCUCUUAAGCCUAUCGAUAAGAAUGCACAUUUUUACCCCAGUUUUGAGUAUAAAAAACCGGUCACUGGUCUGUAUAGGCUGUUAGUUGACAUUUCUCGGGUAUUUCGCUAAACGACUAUUGAAAAACCGGUCCCAACGCUGUAGGUAAUUAGUCUACUUAACCAUAAUUGAU